AUGCUGACUAAACCGUCAACAGCCAAAGUCCAACAGCCCACGUGGCACGCCCCGGUGGAGCCCCAGACCUCACCAAAGCUCAAACUAUACAACUCGUUAACCAGAACCAAGACUCCCUUUGUCCCCGUUGUCGAUGGCCAAAUCACAUGGUACUCAUGUGGUCCUACAGUGUAUAAUCAUACCCAUAUGGGCCACGCACGGAACUACGUAUCCACCGACUUGUGUCGUCGUAUUCUCCAAGACUACUUUGGCUACGGGGUCCUCUUUAUCCAGAACGUCACUGAUAUAGACGAUAAGAUCAUCUUAGCUGCUCGUCAAGAACACUUGGUUCAAACCAAGAUUGUGGACGAAUAUUCCGUUGUUACUGACGAGUUGAGGGCAAUGGCAGAAUCUGCUUUGAACGAAUACGUGGCAAAGAACUUGCCUGAGUUUUCUGGUUUAUCAUCAGUAAAGGCAGACUUUAUUGGCUGGAGUCAGCAAUUGAAUGUUGCGGAGCUUUCCAAAGACAAGCCUAAGUUGCCGAUGUUCCUUAAAGCCGUUAAGGACGCUCAUUCUGUUAUUUAUAGUGAAGAUGGCAAGUCAAUUGAUGUCGCUGUGUUCACAGAGAACAUUAAAGAUAUAGUGAUGCCUUAUUUGGAUAAGCAAUACGGUAAGAGUGUCACUGAUCCUUCUAUCUUUAGAAAGUUGGCAGCAUAUUGGGAGAACAAAUUCAAUGAAGAUAUGAGUCGAUUGAAUGUUUUACCUCCUUCAAUUACCACCAGAGUUUCUGAAUACAUACCUGAAAUUAUUGAUUUUGUUGAUAAGAUCAUUGACAAUGGCUAUGCUUAUGCUACACCAGAUGGAUCUGUAUAUUUUGAUACUGUCAAGUUUGAAAAUGAUCCUAAUCAUGAUUAUGCCAAGUUACAACCCUGGAACAAAGGUGAUUUACUGUUAAUUGAAGAUGGUGAAGGGUCUUUGUCGAUCGGAGGUUCUGGUAAAAAAACUUCGUCUGAUUUUGCUCUUUGGAAGGCUUCAAAGGAUGGGGAACCUUCAUGGCCCUCUAAAUGGGGAGAGGGAAGACCUGGAUGGCAUAUUGAAUGUUCUGUUAUGGCAUCAGAUGUUUCUCCAAGAGAAACUUUGGAUAUUCAUUCUGGAGGAAUUGAUUUAUGUUUCCCUCAUCAUGAUAAUGAAAUAGCCCAAUCUGAAGCCUAUUUCAACUCUAAGCAAUGGGUUAAUUAUUUCUUGCAUAAUGGUCAUUUACAUAUUCAAGGACAAAAGAUGUCUAAAUCAUUGAAGAACUUUAUCACUGUUGAAGAAGCAUUAAAUGAUUUCAGUUCUCGUCAAUUAAGAUUGGUGUUUGCAUUAAGUUCAUGGGAAAAACCAAUUGACUUCAAAGAUAGUUUGGUUAAUGAAGUUAAAGGGUUUGAAUCCACCGUAUCGAAAUUUUUCACUAAUGUUCGUGCUUUGAAUAAUGAAGUUAAAGAUAAGCUGGAUGCUUCCAAGAAAUUAGAUGAUAAAGCUAAGCAAUUGUUUCAGAAAUUGGCGGAGAAUCAACAGAAUGUUCAUGAAUCAUUCUGUGACAAUUUAUCAUCAUCAAGUGCCUUGAGACACUUGUUAAGUUUGGUUUCAAUUGCCAACAACUAUAUUCAAGAAUCUUCCGCCAAUAAGUCCAUUCGUCUUGAGCCAUUGAUAGCAGUCACCCAAUAUAUCGUUAAGAUCUUGGGUAUUUUAGGGUUUAACGUCAGAAAUGAUAAGCUUGGCUGGGUAGAUGAAGAAUCUUCAGCAAGUGACGGUGGAAUUGCUGCUUCGACAGAAGAUAUUGCCUUACCAUAUGUUAAGUUAUUAUCUGAAUUCCGUGAUAGUGUUCGUACGCUUGCCAUUAAUAAGGAGAUAGAAGCUGGUAAGGUGUUACAAUUGAGUGACAAGUUGAGAUCCGACUUGAUUAACAUUGGAGUCUCACUUGAUGAUAGACCCAAUGAAAGUGCUUUAAUUAAAUUCUUAAACCAAAAGGAAGUCACUGAAUUACUUGCUCAACAAAAGGAAAGAGAAAGAAUUGCUUUGGAAAAAGAAAAGAAGAAGGAAGCUCAACGGUUAGCAAAUGAACAGAAGGAAAGGGAGAGAUUAAUCAAAAUGAAAAUUAACCCUAAGGAUUUGUUUAAACAAGAUGAUACUUAUAGUGAAUGGGACGAACAAGGAUUGCCAACCAAAGACUCCAAAGGUGAAGAAGUCACAAAGAGUAUGAGAAAGAAACUUAUGAAACAAUAUCAACAACAAGAGAAGUUGUAUCAGGAAUAUUUAAAUACUUUAUAA